AUGGGAUAUGUCGCUGAAAUCUGGUAUAUAUGGAAAAGCCGAAAUCAAUAUCAUGUUGUGAAUCCGCAAAAGGUUCCAUGCGCUGAUUGCACUUGGCCAUGUGAUCCUGUUGUAGUUGGUGAAGGUUGUAUAUGUCGUUGCUAAAAUUUUCGUUUAUGUCAAAUAUUCGCCAUAGAUAUUGUGUUUGGACCUUCGAUAAAAUUGAAUAACAAGAAAAUAAUAUUUAUUAUUGAUUACUCGGAGAGGCAGAUAUGAUGAUGAGACCAUGAAUUUCUUUCUCAU